AUGUCAGACAACAAUCCCCGCCCAGCCAAAGUAUGGAGUCGCCCCUCAGGCCAGAUAGGCCGCAUCGGCGGCUGGGGCAGCUCCUCUUCCUCCGCGCAAGUGCCGCUCUCACCAACGACGCGUUUCGCCCGACUUACGCAUCGUCUGUUCACAGAGGCAGAGGUGGCUCAGCCCCCGCGUCGCAUCUCUGCGCGACGUGGCCGCCAGCGGCCCCGCUGUGCCACCGCCCAGUGCAGCGCCCGCCCCGGUCGCGCACAUGCGGCCGACGAUGACGACGAUGACGAGCAGGAGGGCGAGAACUGGUUUGCGGGAGGCGAGCGAAGUGGAAUAUCGGUGCAGAACCCAAACAGGCCGGGCGCUGUCCCCGGCGGAAGCCUAGUACGCGAUCUCUUGCGCCGCGCAGCAGAGGCCGGGCCGCCGCAGGAGGAUGCUGGCUCGUCGCGCUCAUCCGUGUUCACGGGAGGUGGGCAUACGCUCGGAAGCGACGAGGUCGACAGCACGUUCAUCCCCGACCCCAGCUCUUCCAUACCUCCCGAAGAAGAGACCGCGAUACGGCACCUCACCUUCUGGCGCGACGGCUUCAGCGUCGAGGACGGGGACCUCAUGCGCUACGACGACCCCACCAAUGCCCAAAUCCUCAACGAGAUCAACUCCGGCCGCGCACCGCCGCAUAUCCUUAACGUCUCCCCCGGACAGCCCGUCGAGCUCCGCGUCGUGAAGCGGCUCAGCGACGAGUUCGUGGCGCCGCCCAAGGCGCGCGACGUGUUCUCCGGCGAGGGCCACCGCCUCGGCUCGCCCGUCCCGUCCAUCGCGGGCCUCGGCGCGGCCGCGUCUGUCGACAUGCCGGGGAGCUUCCCCGUGACCGCGACCGGGAGCGUAGGAGAGCCGAGCGCAAGCGGGGCGAGUGUGCGGUCGGCGGAGAGCAUCAACACGCGCUUCGAGGUCGACCAGAGCCUGCCGACGACGAGCGUGCAGGUGCGCCUCGCGGACGGGACGAGGAUGGUGUGCCGGAUGAACCUGACGCACACCGUGGGCGACAUCCGCAACUUCAUCAACGCGUCGCGCCCGGAGAACUUGACGCGCCCGUAUACGAUCCAGACGACGUUCCCUGCGAAGGUGCUGGACGACAACGCGAAGACGGUCGAGCAGGCGGGGCUCGUCAACGCGGUGGUCGUCCAGCGGUGGGUGUAG